AUGAGUGUAGUGGACGACACCUCUUCCGUCUAUACCGCAAAUACAACUAACGCAAGCCGCGUUCCGGUCGAUUUGGAAAGCCUCUCGAUUACGGAUGAUCGCUCAUUCACGUCCUCCCCCAACGGGCACUCGCACGCUGUCCACAACAAGACUCCAAGUCGAAAUGCUAUAGAUGAGGACUUUGACGCGGUCUUGGAUGACCUCAAGGACGAAGGACAGGUAGAUUUGCCGCCGCAUGCAUGCAGCUACUGCGGCAUCCACUCGCCCGCCUCAGUAGUCAAGUGUCUUAUUUGCUCCAAGUGGUUCUGCAAUUCCAGGGGCAACACUUCCGCAUCUCACAUCGUGAACCACCUCGUGCGCGCGAAGCACAAGGAGGUUAUUCUCCACAGCGAAAGCCCGCUCGGGGAGACUAUCCCCGAGUGCUACAACUGCGGUAGCAAGAAUGUGUUCAUGCUUGGGUUCAUUCCUGCCAAGAGUGACACCGUCGUCGUCCUUCUGUGUCGCCAACCCUGUGCCGCAGUUUCCAAAGACAUCUCCUGGAACCCGGCGCUUUGGGCUCCUCUCAUCGACGACCGCUCGUUCCUUUCCUGGCUGGUAAAGCCCCCGAGCGAACAAGAACAGCUCAGAUCCCGCCAGAUUUCCUUCCAGCAAAUCAAUAGGCUUGAAGAUUUGUGGCGCGAAAAUGCUAAUGCCACUCUUGACGAUCUCGAGAAGCCCGGUGUAGACGACGAACCCCAGCCUGUCAUCACGCACUAUGAAGACGCUUACCAGUAUCAGAACAUCUUCGGGCCGCUCGUGAAGAUUGAAGCUGACUAUGACAAGCGGUUAAAGGAAUCGCUGACCCAGACCGAUAUCACCAUUCGCUGGGAUCUCGGUCUCAACCAGAAGCGCGUUGCCUGGUUCUGCUUGCCCAAGCUUGAGAGCGGCGAAGUCCGACUUGCGGUCGGCGACGAGCUCCGGCUCAAGUACAACGGAGGUCUGCAUAAACCUUGGGAGGGUGACGGGCACGUCAUCAAGAUUCCGAACAAUGUAUCGGACGAGAUUGGGCUGGAGUUAAGGCGGUCGGAAGGCGUCCCGACGGAGAUCACGCAUGGGUAUACCGCGGAUUUCGUGUGGAAAUCCACAAGCUUUGACAGGAUGCAGCUGGCAAUGAAGACGUUCGCCGUCGACGAAAAGAGUGUCAGCGGGUACAUCUAUCACAAACUUCUCGGACACGAGCUCGAGCCGCAGGUUCUCCGCACUCAGAUGCCUAAACGGUUCUCAGCCCCUGGCCUGCCCGAACUUAACCAUUCGCAGAUGUAUGCCGUUAAGAGCGUCCUCCAGAAGCCUCUCAGUCUCAUCCAGGGCCCGCCGGGGACGGGAAAAACGGUAACUUCCGCUUCUAUCGUCUACCACCUGGCGAAGAUGAAUCCCGGACAAGUCCUCGUCUGCGCGCCGUCCAAUGUCGCCGUCGACCAGCUGACCGAGAAGAUCCACGCCACGGGGUUGAAGGUCGUGCGACUCAGCGCCAAGUCCCGCGAGGCACUGGACUCUUCCGUGUCCUUCCUCACUCUUCACCAGCAAGUUGCAAACAAUACGACCCACGUUGAGCUGCAGAAGCUCAUCCAGCUCAAGAAUGAGCAGGGCGAGCUGAGCUCGAACGAUGAGCGGAAGUACAAGGCGCUUAUCCGCCAGUGUGAAAAGGAGAUACUCGGCGCCGCUGAUGUUAUCUGCUGCACUUGCGUCGGUGCUGGGGACCCACGCCUCAGCAAACUGAAGUUCAGGACCGUUCUCAUCGAUGAGGCUACGCAAGCGGCCGAGCCGGAAUGCAUGAUCCCUCUUGUACUCGGUUGCAAGCAGGUAGUUCUUGUUGGAGAUCAUCAGCAACUCGGACCCGUCAUCAUGAAUAAGAAGGCGGCACGCGCGGGCUUGACGCAGUCGCUGUUCGAACGACUCGUCGUCCUUGGAAACCGUCCCAUACGUUUACAAGUGCAGUACCGCAUGCACCCGUGCCUGUCGGAGUUCCCUUCGAACAUGUUCUACGAAGGCACUCUUCAGAAUGGCGUUACUGCCCCCGAGCGGCUCAGGAAGAACGUUGACUUCCCGUGGCCCGUGCCCGACACCCCCAUGUUCUUCUAUCAGAACCUGGGUCAGGAGGAGAUCUCAUCUAGCGGAACGUCCUUCCUGAACAGGCGCGCGUCUAAUGUCGAGAAGAUUGUGACCAAGUUCUUCAAGUCGGGUGUUGUCCCCAGCCAGAUCGGUGUCAUCACGCCGUACGAAGGCCAGCGAUCAUACAUCGUGAACUACAUGCAGUUCAACGGAUCGCUGAAGAAGGACCUAUACAAGGAGAUAGAAGUUGCGAGCGUUGACGCGUUCCAAGGUCGAGAGAAGGACUACAUCAUCCUGAGCUGCGUGCGGAGCAACGAGCAUCAGGGAAUCGGUUUCUUGAACGACCCACGGCGCCUCAACGUCGCACUCACGCGCGCGAAGUACGGCGUGGUGAUUCUGGGAAAUCCGAAGGUUCUAUCCAAGCACCCGCUUUGGCAUUACCUAUUGACGCACUACAAGGAGAAGAACUGUCUCGUCGAAGGGCCGCUUAACAACCUUCAGCCGAGCAUGAUACAGUUCAGCAAGCCGCGGCGUACCCUAGGCAAGGCCAUGGAUCAAUUCCGCCGCCAUGAGACGAGCGCAAGGGAUUAUCUCGGCAAUGGUGGUAUGAUGGGUGAUGGGCGGAGAUCCGGGACUCCCAGCCGCUUCGAUGCGAGUUUCUACCGGACCCACGAUGCAAUGAGCUACAUUCCUUCCGACGUGCAGUCACUCCGCUCUCAGGCAACGUACUCUUCGGGGCUUCCAAUGUUUGCCGCUACCGGUCCGUUCGGGCCGGGAGCACAACGCCAGAAUGGCGUGAAACGCAGCACGUAUGGGAGCUACGCGAGUUCUAUCAUCUCUCAAGAUGCUGGCCCCGCAGGAACUGACGCUUCAAGCGUCGUGGGCAGUGCGGUCGGCGCAUCCGAUCGCCCUGGAGGGAUGACGUAUUCGCAAUCUGAUAGAUUGCAACGUCGCUCAUCCUUCUCGUCAACUACUGGCGCUUCAGAUCUGGGCAGCUUGUCGCAGUACGAUUACAAGUCUCAGGACGACGGCACCGAUCUAGAUGACAUGAAGUCGCAGUACACCGGCACGCAGAGCGGCGUUACCGUCUUCUAG